AUGCUAGAGUAAGAUGAAAAAGACGAUAUAGAAGAUCAAGACAAAGAGUAAACUUCCGUCAAUGAUAAUCCAAUACAGAAAUAGUAACAAAUUUCCCAGAAGCCUUCAUAAUCAAAUACAGAUGAAUAGACUUAAAGUUUAGGUAAAACUCCAGAAGACUCUUAUUAUGAAUCUACUUAAACUACUUCGUAGCAAUAUUCUCCUCAAUACCAGAUGAUUAAAGAUAUGAUGCAGUAUUCAUGCGUUGACAAUCAGGAGUGUAUUGAUACAACUUUCUGUUGUUCUACCUAGAAAUGUGCUCAUCCUAGUGUAUGCUUGCAUGGCUAAAAGCUUUAUCAAGACUAUUGUGAUUAUAACUUUGAGUGCAUGAGUAGAUGUUGCCAUGAUAGGCAAUGUGCUCACUUCUUAGAAUGUUAUGAUACUUGCACUGUAAAUUCUGAUUGCAGAUUCACAUCCUGCUGCACUGAAGGUUACUGCUCAUCUUAAGUUGUAUGCGAGGGAAAUAAGAUGGCUGGAGAUGUUUGCGAGUAAAGUUCAGAGUGCAUUAGCCAAUAUUGCUUCAACAGUAAAUGCUAGGUUUAGCCUGAAGAUUUCCCAAGUUGGGCUUGGGGCAUUAUCAUUAUGGCUGUUGUUGGAUCUCUUCUAUUUAUGCUUUAUGGCUAUUGCACUCUUAAAUACAGGCAUAAUAGAUCAAAAGAGGACAUCUAUGCUGCUUUGGAGCAUUUCGCUGAAAUGCGUGAGCAUAAGCAGCCAUUACUUUAAGAUCAUUAGCCUGAUGCCAGCCAUGUCUUGGUAGUAUAGAGUGUAUCUAGGAAGUUUUUAUAUAAUAAUCCAAAGAAAAUGCCUCAUUUACCUAUAGAUAUGAGAUAUCAUGCCACCCCUAUUCAGGAAGUUAAAUCAGAGUAUUAGUAUUACACUUAUGAUGACAGGAAUCCAAAGCUAUUCAACUCAGCAAGUGAGUCAUCACUGAAUAUGAACUCUGUCGAAUUAACUCAAAGAAGAGACUCAGAUGAUGAUCCACAGAAUCAAGCCAAUAAUAUUAGGAAUAAGUGGACUAAUUCGCUUAAACAAUCCUUUACCAGCGAUAGUUAACCCCAUAAUUAGAACAGGUAAAAUAGAACUAGUUAAGUUUAAAAUAAUAAUAACAUGCUAAUACCUUCUCCUAGACCAACUUAGAGCAUAUCUAAGAGCCCAACUAUCUAAAUUGACGAUUCCUAUAAGAUCUUUGACAUUUAGCAAUAAAUUUAUAGGUUUAACUAAUUGGAAUAGUGCAAAGUUGAACAGCCUCAAUCCAUUUUGAAGUAAUCCACUAUGAGGAGUAAAUUACAAGUGGAUAAUCAGAAAUCAGAUGUGAUUUAGAAGUCUUAAAAGAAACUCUAGAUAAAAGUUCCUGAAAGCGAAUCUGAUAGUAGAGAAGAGACUAAGACUAGACAAACAAUCAGCAAUCUUAUAGACCAAUAAAUUUUGCUAAGCCAUUAGAGCGAGUCUAAGGAUUCUUAAGAAGAAGAAGUUUAGUAAAAUGUACCUUAGUUUAAGCAAUCUUAGACUAUUAAACUGCCUAAAAAAACUGAGUUUGCUGAGGAUGAUUUUUUGCAAGCCUUUAUCAAUGAUUUUAAGCCAAGGAGCCCAAUUGAAUCAGACAAAAAUUAGAUGUUAGGAAGUAAUACUGGAUUAUAUUAAAAGCAGAAAAGUAAGAUAUUUAUUGAAGACUAGCAAGAAAUCAAAGGAGGUGAACUAUUAGAUGAAGAUGGAUAUCACGAAAGCGAUGAAAGUGAAGGGAAAUCCAAGAUGAGUAUCUAGCAUAAGAAGAAUGCCUGA